AUGCUCCGCCUCCGAGAGCGCAUCGUUUUCCAUCUCCUCUCUUUCUCCUCCACCUCCACCUCCACCUCCGCCCCGGCCACCCUCCCACUCCGCCGCCUCCUCUCCGCCGUCGCGGCCCCCAUUCCCCCGAGCCGAGGAUUCGCCGUUGAGGAUUACCUCGUCGACACCUGCGGCCUCACCCGAGCCCAGGCACUCAAGGCCUCCACGAAGCUCUCCCACCUCAAAUCCCCGGACAAACCCAACGCCGUCCUCGCCUUCCUCUCCGGCCUCGGCCUCACUGGCGUCGAUGCCGCCGCCGUCGUCGCCAAAGAUCCGCUCUUCCUCUGCGCCGGCGUGGAGACAACCCUGGUACCCGUCGUCGACGGACUCGAGGGCCUCGGUCUGUCGCGUCCUGGGAUCGCCCGCCUCGUGUCGCUCGCCUACAUCAACUUCCGCUGCAGAUCCAUCGUCUCCAAGAUGCAGUACUACCUGCCCCUCUUUGGCUCCUUCGACAACUUCUUCCGCGCACUCCAGCGCUCAUCCUACCUUCUCUCGUCGGACCUGGACAAGGUUAUCAAGCCCAAUGUCGUGUUCCUGCGGGAGUGCGGGCUAGAUGAUUGCGAUAUUGGCAAGCUGUGUGUCCGAGUGCCGAGGAUGCUGACCACCAACCCGGAGCGCGUCCGGGCAAUGGGGGCAUAUGCUGAAAGAUUAGGCAUGCCCCGGGGUUCUGGGAUGUACAGAAUUGCGCUACAUGCCGUCUCAUUCCUCACCGAGGAGAAGAUCACUGCUAAAGUGGACUACCUGAAGAAGACGUUCAGCUGGUCGGAUGCUGAGGUUGUCAUGGCUUUGUCUAAAGCUCCAAUGCUGCUGAAGAGGUCAAAGGACAUCCUGUGGCGCAGGUUCGAGUUCCUUGUCUCUGAGGUGGGUUUGGAACCGGCAUACAUUGCUCGUCGGCCGGUAAUGCUCUAUUAUAGCCUUGAUGAUCGGCUCAAGCCCCGGUGCUAUGUUCUAAAGUUCCUCAAGGAAAAUGGAUUGGUAGAUCGUGACCUGAGCUUCUCUAGUGCACUCUCAAUUCAGGAGAAGUACUUCAUGGAGAAGUACAUACGCCCUCACAACGAAGCUGCGCCACACCUCGCCGAUGACUAUGCAGCCGCUUGCAAAGGGGAGGUGCCAGCUAGUUUCAGAUUUACUUGA